AUGUCUGCUCAGACCACCGACACGCCCGUCGCGGUGCCUGCCCCUGCUGUUGCUGCUGAGGCGCAGCCGGCCGUCGCUGCACCUGCCGUAGAGCCGACUUCGGUCGACGCUCCCGCGCCCGCCGCCGUUGCUGAUGCCACCCCUGAGGUCAAGCAGGAGCAGAAGACUGAGCAGCCCGCUGCAGCUGCUGCUGAGAAGACGGAGGACAAGGCUGAUGAGAAGGCCGGCGCUCCUGCUGCCGAGAAGCCUGUUGAGAAGGCCCAGACUCCCCUGUCUUCGCUCUUUGAGAAGCUUCCCACCAUCUUGGCUGAGGCCAAGCACAACGAGAUGUGGGGUGUGCAGCUCUCCGACGACACUCACAUUCCCACCACCGUCGUCCUGCAGAAGUUCCUUCGCGCCAACGACGAUGAUGUCUCCAAGGCUGCUGACCAGCUCCAGAAGGCCUUGGUUUGGCGUCGUGACACUAACCCCGGCAAGCUUCUUGAUGAAGUCUCCUUCGAUGCAAGCAAGUUUGGCGAUCUCGGCUAUGUCACCACCCACAAGGACGCCCAGGGCAAGGAGAUGAUCAUCACCUGGAACAUCUACGGGGCCGUCAAGGACAGGAAGGCCACCUUUGGCAACGUCGAUGAGUUCAUCAAGUGGCGCGCUGCCCUUAUGGAGCUCAGCGUCCGCAAGCUUAAUCUCGACAAGGUCCAGACCGCCAUCCCCGAUGGCGGCGAGGACCCCUACCAGAUGAUCCAGGUUCACGACUACCUCAACGUCAGCUUCCUUCGCAUGGACCCUGCCGUCAAGGCCGCCUCCUCUGAGACGAUUAGAAUCUUCGCCAUGGCCUACCCUGAGCUUCUCGUCCACAAGUACUUCGUCAACAUCCCCGCGCUCAUGGGCUGGGUCUUCAAGGCGAUGAAGGUCUUCCUCGCUCCCAAGACCAUCGCCAAGUUCCACCCUCUCGGCUAUGGUUCCGAAUUGGGCGGAGAGCUCCCGGCCUACAAGGACUCGCUCCCCAAGGACUACGGUGGAAACGCUGAGAGCAUCAAGACCACCGGCCAGACCGUCAAGUUCGCAGAGGCUGAGGCCCCUGUCGAGAAGCCCGCGGCUGAUGCUACUGCUGCUCCCGUCGUCGCCGCGCCUGUUGCAACUGAGACCCAGCCUACCGCCGAGGCUCCCGCGGCUGUCACCGCUGAGACCCCCGCUCCCGCAGUCGCUGUCAGCGAGCCUGCCGUCGCUUCUGAGCCCGUCAAGGCUGCUCCUGCGGCCGCUGAGGCUGAGAAGACCGAGGUUCCCACCGUCGCCGACUUGAGCAUCAAUGACAAGACUGAGGCUAAGGAGGAGGCCAAGACUGUUGCUGCCUAA